AGCCGCAGUAUGCGGCCGCAGCCCGCGUGGAGUGUGUGCGGCUAGACGUCAACGUGAGCGUGAUGGCACACCUCAGUGAUCUUAACAAGGGCAGGCUCAUCUUGCUUUUCGAUCAAUGUCACUCUGUCAAGCAGGCGGUAGAGAUUCUCGGUGUAGCUCUAACUACUGCCAGACGGUGGAAACACCGUUAUGAGCAGGAAGGGGAAAGGGGUUUGAAAGCGCGCUAUGAUAAGUGUGGAAGAAAACGGAAGACGACGGAGGAGGAAGACAGGCGCAUGGUGGAGGUGUUUUUGCCUUCCGUGGAGGAAAUGCGCCCCGACGAGGAGCGACCCUGGACUCUAAUGCAAGACAACGCCCCUAUCCACACAGCGAGGGCAGUCAAGCAUUGGUUCGAAGACCACGCAGACUCAGUUCGUGCCAUCCCCUGGCCCUCAAUGAGCCCAGACCUGAACCCUAUCGAAAAUGUGUGGUCUCUAAUGGUUCAUGACUGGAGGAGGAGCUGCGCCAGCCGGUCCGGCUACUUCCGGAGCCUGGUGGCCUCGAUGAGGCAGCGCGGCUGGAGCAGUGCUCCGAGGCAGCGGGCGGCGGUGACCGGUGAUGCAAGACCGGUCAACGCCGGUCGGCCACACCUCCUACUAAACCGUUCUGUUUUUUUUUUUUUUGUCAUCUUAUGUUAA